AUGGCUCGAAUUGCUCAGGCGAUCAGUGAAAUCGUGAAUCCGAAGCCCACGGCGCUCGUUCCUGUGACAAUGGGUAGCGAGGAGAUCGAGGUGGCCGCUCUAUGUGAUAUCUUGGCUCGUGGAGGUGUUCGCGUGACUGUUGCGAGUGUUGACGGACACCUCAACCACAUAGUAAAGCUCGCCACGGGUACAGCAGUGCAAGCAGACAAGCCGAUCGAGUUCUGUGUCAAUGACGAGUAUGAUGUCAUUGCGGUGCCCGGCGGUCCUGGAGCGAAAGCGCUGGGUGCUAGUCGGACGUUGACGUCACUGCUGAAAGAUCAAAAGUCUGCUGGUAAGCUGUACGGUGCAGUGGGCGAAGCCGUGUCCGAGGUGCUGUUCCACAACGCGCUAGUUGAAGGCCCCAUGGCUGGCGACCCGGCUGAUAAACUGGUGCUGAGUGAUCUGUACUCGGACGACAAAAUCGUGAUCGCAGAGAAUUGCGUGACGAGCAAAGGCCCAGCAACUGCCAUCGCUAUGGCCGUGACACUGGUGGAACUACUUCGAGGCGAGAAGGUUGCACGUGCCGUUGCCAGCGACAUCGCUUUUAAGCCGAUCAAGACGUGA